AUGUACCGCUUUGUUUCCUCUACUAGACUUGUGACUCCGAUUUUUAGCCGCUCUUUUACGAAGGUUAUCAAUUCCGGAGUCAAGGCGCCUAAAAGAGAAUUGAAAGGGAAAGAACCUGCCGUUACACUGACUACAGCUGCGGAAAAUCGCGUUCGCGAGUUAUUAUCAAAGAAGCCUGCUGGUACGGGCCUUCUAUUGAGUACCACCACGAAGGGUUGUAAUGGAAACAAAUAUGUUAUGAAAUACUGCGAACCUGGAAAGGAAGGUCCCUUCGAUGAGAUUGUGGAGCAAAAUGGCAUUAAGGUGGUUGUGGAUGCCGAUUCUCUAAUGUACCUUCUGGGCACAAAAAUCGAUUUCAAAGAAGACGAUAUUUCGGCCGAGUUUGUUUUUGAUAAUCCUUUAGCAACGUCUACGUGCGGUUGUGGUGAAAGCUUUUCUGUAAAGUGA